UUUCCUAAUAUUCAACACCCAUCUAUGCUGUGACCAGGUUAUAUGAGUGUACAGCUAGCUAGUCGGCUAUUUCGCUUAUCUUUCCACACCAUGGUGGCAGAUCUUUGUGGGGGUUUCCUAUAAACGUCGCUCCUCUUUCGCCUUGGGACACAAAGCUAACACGGAGGUUGUUGUAUUGUCCUGAAGCCACGCUGUGCCACCAUCAGUUCCUCCUGCCAGGUAAGGGAGGUGCAUUAAAGGUGCGUCAUAAAAUGCAUUUCCAAGGAAAAGUUGUCAGACAAGCUCGAUAGAAAAGGAAGAGUUAGAAAAAAGGACGCAAACCUCGAGUUUCAGCGGCAGAUGUAGUCGCUCGACAGCCAGCAGUCAUGUCCAUUGAAUACACCAUAGAUAUCCAGCUAACAGAGUUGGGAUAUUCGGACAUCUUACAGCCGGAGACCACCUCUGAUGGAGAGACACCCAGUCAGUCUCCCCCCUCACUUUCAACCACACACCUACAAAGACUUGACCAUCCUGCAGAUCUUCCACAGCUAAUAACUGAUCAGCCUGACACUAGGGAGAAAGAUGUCGAAGGAGGAAACACUACACAGAAUCAUUCAACAGAAAUGCAGCAGCACGGGGAGGACGACUCUGAUGACAGUGAUGUGUAUGAGGAAGAAGAGGUCGAUGAAGACUAUGAGGAGGAGGAUGAUGAUGAUGAUGAUGAGGAGGAACUAAACAAUGAGUCGGGUCUUUCAGGGGAGUACAGCUGCAGUGUCUGUGAUCUCCAGCUGUCCUCCAAAUUCAAGCUCCAGGACCACAUGAAUCUGCACACAGGAGCUCGGCCAUACUGCUGUGCUGAAUGUGGGAAGCGUUUCUGCCAGAAAAAAAGCUACCGAGUCCACCUGCGUACGCAUGCCCAGGCCAAGGUGGAUGUUCUCCAGUGCCGUGUGUGUCUGAAAGGUUUUCCCUCACCGAAAGACUUGAAAGUCCACCUGUCCAGAACUCACUUUGAAAACGAGUUUUACGAGUGUGACCUUUGCAAACGUGUGUUCACUUCUCUGAAGGCGUGUCAAAAUCACGUUAUGUUACACAAAUCUAAGCAGGAUGUUGUAUGUGAGGUAUGUGGCCGCAAUUUUAACUCUCCAAAAUCUCUCGCGCGCCAUCAGAGAACAACCUGCCAUCACAAUUUUAAAUGCACAGACUGCACAAAGACCUUUACUAAGAAGAACGCUCUCCUGAAGCACAGCUUCUCCCAUCUAGGCUUGUUGCCUUACACCUGCGUAAGAUGCCACUGCCACUUCCGCCUGGCAAAGCUGUACCGCCAACACAAAUGUGAACCUGAACGCCUUCACUGUGUGGCGUGUCUGAGAGAGUUCCCCAGUCAGGAGGCCUUCAAGCAGCACAAAAAGGACACAGGCUGCUGGGGCAACCAGGAGCCUAAAGGGGACGAGAUCCGAUGUCUGGAGUGCGGGCAGAGAUUCGACACUUCUGAAGAGCUGAAGAAACAUGCCGGGGCUCACCAGAGGGUGCUGAAGUGUGCUGAAUGUGGAAAGGGUUUCCGCUCGGCCUUACUGUUGAUGUCCCACAUGGGGGGUCAUGCCGGAAAGUCACCAUGCCUUUGUCAGAGCUGCGGAGUGGGCUUUCCCCACCAGCAUAACUACGACAGCCACCUGAAGACCUGUGGAAAAACACCCCAGCCUGCGAGUGCUCCCAAGAAGCGGCCGGCUUCAAAGAGCUCCUCAUCGGAUUCAAAAAAGGUUGUUACAAAACCAGAAACAAUGCCCACUGUUGUUUUAAACAACCCCGCUGAACCAGUGAAGCAUUCUGGGAGUCCAGGACCUUUGACUGGUGUGUCUGGUGGCUCUGUUCCAUCAGACGGUUUAUGGAAGCUCACCCUAGACAAACAGCCGCCUCCUGGCGUCAAUCUCGUUGUGUUUCUUCCUGUCUGUGCAUCUCAAACCCCCGGCCUCAACCUCCCGUCUGCAUCCUCUCCUACACUACCGGUUCUAGCUCUGCAGGGCCAGCCUCAAGAAGCUCUACCGCAUACCUCCGGAGUGCCGCUAAAUGGCCAUCUGAAUUUGGAUAAUGGGAUCAAUCCCGAGUGUGAAGCACCUCUGGAUUUGUCCAAGAAGUGUAACUCUUACAAGUCAGCUCCGAGCAACAUAUCUCUUCUUCCUAAAAGUGAGCCAGGAGAAUGGGACACUACAGGAGAGGCUAAUGGCACUGAAACAAAAGAAUUUAAAAAUAGUUAUAGCAAAGCGAUUGUUAAGACAAACCCAGAAGAGAAAUAUUCAGAAGUGAAGCAGUUUAAAAUUGAUCCUAUGGAUCUCUCCAGUUUUGAGGUGAGUACAACAUCCUCUGGACUUAUAAUAGACAUAAAGAAAGAGCCCCAAUCUCCUGGUCCUGAUCGAAAUCCAAAAUCAUCCACAUCUUGUCAGCUGACUGAGAAAGAAAUGAAGAUGGAGGUUGACAUUUGAAACUAUGCUGAUAUAGAGAAAUUUGACAUUUUGGUAAGGGCAAAAUAAAAAAAGAGUUGUCCCAUAUCCUACUGGAGGGUGUGUUUUAAAUUCUACAACAGACUGCUGUACCUGUGGCCCCCAAACCAAACAUGGAGGUGUUACGCUAAAAUGGUAUGCUUUUCUGUCUAAUCCCUUUUUCUACCAUCCAACCCCCUUUUCUUACCUUAUCAACCUUUGUAUGCAAAAUAAUUUGUCAUAUUCUUUAACUAUUGGUGUGUUUCUAAUGCGGGACCUUAGAAAAAUAAAUAUUUUAGUUUAUUUAUAAUUAAUAAAAAACAUUCCAAACGCUUGCCUCUUCUGGCAUUCCUUUUAUUGGAAUUUCCAUAUGAAGCUUUUCUCUUCGGCCAACGGAGCAAAUGGGUACUGUAGCUGUUCUGAAGUCUAUGCAAUGUAAACACUUCCAAUUUCUACCUUUUUUCCAUACUUGUUUUUGUGUGAGAAAUCCUUAGGUUAAUGAAUGUGUGUAUAGUUGAAAGAAAAAACACUGGAUUUUUUUUUGUAUAAAAAAACAUUUCUUUAUAUAGACAAUGUGGAAUAUUUAAUGAAUGCAGCAAUGGUACUGAUCAAUACUUUUCUGUCACUUUGUCAUUUGCUGAAACUUUACAGCCUGCAGGUAUCUUUUCAUGUUUUUCUGAAGACAAAUAAACAGUCAUCCUUGAUGCAACAUCA